AUGUCCUCUUGCAUUUUCUGUCGCAUCAUCAAGGGUGAUAUCCCUUCUUUCAAGUUAUUUGAGAGUGACAAGACGCUCGCUUUCCUUGAUAUUGGUCCUCUCAGCAAGGGCCAUGCUCCUGUUGUCAAGAAGAUUGUCAAAGCGACUGGUGCCACCGAUUACAACAUCCUCCAGAACAAUGGCCGCAUUGCUCACCAAGAAGUUGACCAUGUUCACUUCCAUAUGAUCCCUAAGCCCAACGAGACUGAGGGCCUCGGGGUCAAAUGGCCCACAACCCCUGCUAAUAUGGAACAGCUCAAGGCUUACUGUGAGGAGCUCAAGGCCAAGAUCUAA